AUGGAGAUUAUAAAGAACAAGUUGGGCUUUGAGGGUCUACUUACUGUUGAUAGUAUUGGGCUUAGUGGUGGACUUGCCCUUUUAUGGAAGCAUGGGCUGGACCUUAGUAUUGAGAGCUAUUCAGUAAAUCAUAUUGAUGCCAAUAUCCGCCUCGAUGACUCCGCUAUUGUUUGGCGUUUUACGGGGUUUUACGGAUGCCCUGAGAGAAAUCGAAGAAGAUGUUCCUGGGACCUUCUAAGAACUCUAUCUACGCAAAACACACUGCCUUGGAUUACGAUGGGAGACUUCAACGAUCUUCUAUGCUCUAGUGAGAAAAUUGGCAAUGUACCUCACCCGCAAUGGCUAUUCCAAGGUUUCUCUGAUGCAAUUCAAACUAGCGGUCUGAGGAAUUUCGAUUUCGGAGGCUUUCAAUUCACUUGGGAAAAGGGCAGGGGAACUCCAAACUGGGUUCGCGAAAAGCUGGAUAGGAUUCUCACAAAUGAUUCUUGGCUCGAUUUGUUUGGUGAAGCAACGACGUACUCGUUUGAGGCCCCAUGCAGUGAUCAUCUUCCUAUUGCAAUCUGGCCGAUUCCGUCAACCCGGGUUAGCAGAAGGAAACGCUUCAGAUUUGAAAACAGUUGGAUAAGGGAGCCCCAAUGUCGAGAUAUCAUCAGUCGUAAUUGGGUUCUUUCCGAAGGUAUGAACUUGACUGCUAGGCUUAAUAUUUGCAGCACUGCUCUUUGGAAGUGGGGGAAGAACUUGAAUAAAAAUCUUCAACCAAAAAUCGAUUACUGGAAAUCUAGGAUGGAGAGGUCGCGUGGUAGAAUCGACACCCAAGGAUUGCAGGAAUUUGAUGUGGCUCAAAGGAAUUGUAUCAAACUUAUUGAACAACAAAGCAUCUUCUGGAAACAAAGGGCGAAAAUCUUUUGGUACAAAGGUGGUGACAGCAACUCCAAGUUCUUCCAUAACUCUGUCAGAAAGAGAAGACGUGAUAAUGAAAUCCUAAGACUGCGCGACAACUCUGGAAAUUGGAUUGAGCGCGGGGCCGGUUUGAAUAAUCUGAUUAGAGAUUAUUUCACAAAUCUGUUCAAGUCCACUGUGGGUGACCACUAUGCUGUUCUUCGCUGCAUUGAUCCAAAGAUAACCGACAUCCAGAACAGAAACCUUCUCUGUGAGUUUACCAAACAGGAGGUGAAAGAGGCCGCCUUUAGCAUGCAUCCUGAUAAGAGUCCGGGCUACGACGGUUUAAAUCCAGGUUUUUUCCAAACCUAUUGGGACAUCCUUGAGAACAGCUUAGUUAUUCUUUGUAAUAAUUUUCUGAGAAUCGGCGUUUUGCCGAGGGGUUUGAACACCACCCAUAUUGCUCUUAUACCGAAGAAACCAAAACCCGAAUCAAUGUUGGACCUCAGACCAAUCGCCCUCUGUACUGUUGCCUACAAAAUCCUCACAAAGGCUAUGGCUAACCGCAUGAAACCAAUUCUUGACAGUAUUAUUUAUGACAAACAGAGUGCCUUUGUUCCGGGAAGGCUCAUUACUGAUAACAUUAUGGUGGCGUUCGAGAUGCAACAUUUCUUGAGAAGGAAAAAACAGGGAAGGGAUGGUUUUGCGGCCUUAAAGCUCGACAUGAGCAAGGCCUAUGAUAGGGUUGAGUGGCCCUUCUUGGGUGUUAUUAUGCUGAAGUUGGGUUUUGAUGGUCAUUGGGUAAAGUUGGUGAUGGCUUGUGUUUCUACUACCAAUCUGUUCGUUCUCAACCAAGGGGAGGAAAUCGGACCAAUUAUUCCUGAACGGGGACUUAGGCAGGGGGAUCCCCUUUCCCCCUACCUUUUCCUUUUAAUUGCAGAGGGUCUCAGUGCUAUGCUAACUCGGUUUGAACAGGAGGGGAAGAUUCAUGGCAUCUCGGUUGCAAGGCUUGCACCAUCCGUUACUCAUCUUUUGUUUGCUGAUGACAGUUAUGUGUUCUUCAAAGCUAAUCAGACUGAGGCAAAUAAUGUGAAGGAGCUACUGUCUAUCUAUGGAAAAGCUUCUGGUCAGUAUGUCAAUUUUGAUAAAUCUCUUGUCAAUUUCAGUGCUAAUGUGGGGGAUGGGAUUAGGGAUGUUGUAGGCAAUAUUCUAGGUGUUAGAAGUGAGGGAGGAGGUGGCAGAUAUUUGGGGUUGCCUAUGAUGGUGGGUAGAAAUAAGAGGGAGGUGUUGAGUUUUAUUAAGAAUAAGAUUAUUGCCCGUAUGGAGAGCUGGAACCAUAGAUUUUUGUCUAGAGCGGGUAGGGCAGUUCUUCUUAAGAGUGUUAUACAAGCCAUUCCAUCUUAUGCUAUGGGUGUGUUUCUCCUGCCAGUGGGGUUGUGUAAGGAAAUUGAAAAAGUCAUUAAUUCUUUUUGGUGGAAGGGGGGUAAGAGGGAGAAUAAGGGCAUUCAUUGGAAAUCCUGGGAUAAACUUUGUCAUCCUAAGAAGUGGGGUGGGCUGGGUUUUAUAAGCUUAAGGGACUUCAAUUUGGCUAUGUUGUCUAAACAAUCCUGGAGACUUAUAAACAAUCAAACAUCCUUAGCAGCACAAAUCUUUAGGGCAAGAUACUACCCUAACUCUUCUUUCCUGGAAGCGAAACUUGGCACAAAUCCCUCUUUUAUUUGGAGUAGUCUUGUUCAAACUCAAGACAUCAUCAGAAAGCAUAGCAGGUGGAGAGUGGGCAAUGGUUCUAAUAUAAAUAUCUGGACAGAGGAUUGGCUCCCGGAUAAACAAAAUCCAAAAGUGUGUUCUUUCCCUUACCCACUAAUGGAAGAUGCAAAAGUUGCAGAUCUUAUUGUACCAGGUCAGAAUAGGUGGGAUGAAGAAAUGGUCAUAAUUAUUUUCUGUGAAAGGGAUGCUAACCUGAUUUUGAGUAUCCCUUUACCCAAGCAGCAGAGUGGUGACAAGGUUAUCUGGGCAAUUGAUGAAGAUGGGAGAUUUACUAUGAAGAGUUGCUACAAAGCAAUUAGAGGUGAUUAUCAGGAUAUUGACUCACAACCAUGGUCUGCAUUGUGGCAGUUACAUAUCCCUCCAAAGGCUAAGGUUUUCUUUUGGCAGGCCUGUACUGAUAGUUUACCUACCAAAGAUCUCUUACGUCAAAGGAAAGUGGAAUGUGAUGUACUGUGCCCAAUCUGUGGUAAUGUGGAUGAAUCUAUUGCUCAUCUUUUUGUGGAGUGUGUAUAUGCCAGAGGAUGUUGGAGACUUUCAGGGAUGCAUGUGAGGGACUUAGCAGGAGACUCUUUUCAGACUUGGGUUAAUCAUAAUUUUGGAAUUCUGGACAAGGCUCAUCAAUGCAUCUUUGUGCUUAUCUGCUGGGAAAUUUGGAGGCAAAGAAAUGAGAAGUGUUGGAAUAAUUCAAAUAUCCUCCAACAGCAGCAACUAAUCAGGAAAACUGAGAAUUUUUUAACUGCAUGGAAAGAUGCUACCACACUGCAUGAGUUGGCUAACCGAACCCUCCCUAUCCCGGAUCAAAAAUGGACAAGACCUCAAAUGGGUAUGCUCAAGAUGAAUGUAGAUGCCGCAAUAAAUAAGAACGAAGCAGCGAUGGGUCUCGGCAGUGUCAUACGAGACGAGGAGGGCAACUUCAUUGCGGCAAGAGGAGAUCAAUGGAAAGGUAUCUUCACGCCCAGGGAGGCUGAAGCCGUCGCCAUCCGGGAAGCGCUAAGUUGGCUAAAAGCACAUAACAUGGAUAAUGUUCAAGUGGAAUCAGACUCCCUCCAAGUUAUUCAGAGCCUGAAGUCCAAGGGUGGAGUGUCCUCUUUUCAUCUUAUUAUUGAUGAUAUCAAACACCUUUUACAUGAUUUCUGUAAUGUGUUCUUGUCCUUUACCAAAAGAUCAGCGAAUCAGACGGCCCAUGUACUGGCUAGGCAGUCUAGUUCUUCGACUGAUCACUCGGAGUGGUUUCAUCACCCUCCAUCUAUCAUUUGUAAUGUGUUGAUUUCAGAUUUAUGUUAA